AUGACCUCACAAGGGAGUGUUUUACAGCUKGAAGCCUCAACGUGAGUAAAUCCGCAAAAUAUGCUUUAGAAAUCUCAUGCUGGGCAUUUCAAAUCCCAUUUAGUGUGUAUGMUUCUGUAUCUGUAUCACUUCUGCUAGGUCAAAUUAGGUGGCAGGAACACGAAAUUGAUCUUGUUUUCCCACUGACAUUUUACAAGCAGAUUAACAACUCCCACCAUAAAUCUGUGCUCUCCGUGGAUGGUUAAACUUUAAUCAAUAAGCGCUGGCCUUGGUUUAUCUGUUCCAGCUCUCACGUCUUUGUUACGCUGUCUGCCGGCCUCUGCUAAUGAUUUGCUACAACAAGUGCAGGCCACAGAGCGUGGUCUGCAGCUUGGUCUAAAACUUCUACAAUAAUCUUUACUGUUCUUUCUUUCAGUCUUCUUUCUUACUAUUCUUUUAAAUGCUUAGUGUUAAAUUAACUCCACCUAUGCMAAUAGUAGCAUAAAUUACUUUAAAAUUAUACAGAGAACCUUAAGAAAAGCACAGAAUAAUUGUAAAAUUUGUAGAAAAAUCAGCUAUCUAGUAAAUGUAAUAGGUUUUAAAUAAUAAUAAAAAAAAACUACAUUUGUAAAAAGAUAAAUAUGCAUUUAAAUGUUGCUUUACAUAAGCAUAAGKCUGUACUUAGCGUUAUUUUGAACAGCACAGGGAGAGAUUUAUUAUGCACAGAAGGGAAUAUUCACAUGUUGGAUUGUGAGGAGCUGCAUUCCCAAUGAGGCUUCAGAAAAGUGCACAGUUGAUCUGCACUGAUGUCAAAUGAAGCUUUACUGGCUGCACUGCUCACAUGGAUCACUUGCACUUUCAUUUGUAUGUAAGAAGCAUCAACAGCCUCAGAUGGCAUUCACUUGCAGUUAUUUUGAGAAGGUGGAGCAGAUGCAGGACUACUGCUGAACCUCCACAGAUGGGACAAACGGUAAGGGCUUUCAGAGGAGCUGUGCAAGUCAUACUAAACCUGUUCACACACUGAUCUUUUGUCAAGAUAACUUAGACUGUCAAUUGCACAGCAUACAGUAGAGUGGACAUGAAUGCAGCUUUGACUUGGGUGUUUUAAAAAUGUAUUUGAGAUGUAUUUCUGUUUCAGUCCACUUUAAAAGGAAGAAUUAGAAGCACAAUCCUCACAGGGAUAUGGUUAUACAAACAGGCUUAAAUACACACAGAAUCCAAAUAAUAUUUGAUCAAUUUUUUCUUUGGACAUUGAACUUCUAUCACAUGCUUUGUAUAAAACCAUACAGUAUACAAUCCUGUAUGCCAUUUUUUUUUAACUAAUUUGGAUUAGAGAAGAUUCAGAAUAAAUUUUAUUCAGACCCAAUUCAUUUGUUUUUUCAUUUUUGUUUCAGGCAGUUAAAGUCAUUGUGUCCCGAAAAAGCCUGUGUGUAUUAAAGUGUUUUCCAACUGUAUGACUGUCAGUAAUCGUAUGUGUUUAUGUCUUGCAGCGAUAUGGUUAUGAUGGGUUUGUUCAGCUGCACCAUCACUGCAAGGGUGAAGCAAACAUGAUGAAGGAUGGAAAGUUGUUCCGGGUGAUUCAGGAAAACUGUUGGGAUGCGAAUGCUCGCAUCAAAGACAUGGACAAGUGUUACCGUUCAGGCCCUGUCGACGGUUCCUGUGAUGUUCAGUUACUGGGCCAAGCCUCAUGACACAUUGGACCUCUGUGUCCUUUUAAAUGACGAUUUGGCCCAGACGGUGUGCAGUCACCCUAAGAGGUUUGUGGGGCUGGGCACGCUGCCCAUGCAAGCCCCUGACCUGGCGGUGCUGGAAAUGAGGCGCUGCGUGAAGGAGCUCGGCUUCCCCGGAGUGCAGAUCGGAUCCCACAUCAACAACUGGGACCUCAACUCUUCGGACCUCAUUCCCUUCUAUGCUGCAGCAGAGGAGCUGGGCUGCUCCAUUUUUGUCCACCCAUGGGACAUGCAGACAGAUGGGAGGAUGGCUAAGUAUUGGCUGCCCUGGCUGGUGGGCAUGCCAACCGAGACAACCAUGGCUAUUUGCUCAAUGAUAUUUGGCGGUAUAUUUGAGAAGUUUCCAAAGCUGAAAGUCUGCUUUGCACAUGGAGGGGGCUCUUUUCCGUUCACUGUUGGCAGAAUCGAACACGGCCACAAAGUUCGUCCUGACCUGUGUGCAGUUGACAACACAAUCAGUCCACGUAAAUACCUGGGCUCUUUCUACACUGACUCAUUGGUUCAUGAUCAAAUCUCCCUGAAGCUGCUCGUUGACAUAAUUGGAAAAGAUAAAGUAAUGCUGGGAACAGAUUAUCCAUUCCCACUUGGCGAGCUGGAACCCGGGUCACUCAUUGAGUCAAUGGAUGAGUUUGAUGGAAAACUGAAGGACAAGUUGCUUGCUGGAAAUGCACUGGAAUUUUUGGGACUAAAGMGAGAACAGUUUGUGUAGUACAAGAGUUUGCAGCCUGUGGUUCCAGAGCCAAAUGACAAGAUUGACUGAAAAUGCUGAAUCAACUAAUGUUUUUAAAUAUAGAAAUAAUAACAUGCAAUUUUUAGCAAUUUUCAAA